AUGCCAGAAUAUUCAACGCUUAGUCGUUUUUCAGUCAUUCAAUUAAAAAGUGAAGUACGUAAACAACGUGCUCAUUUAGACAGAAUAUCCGAAAUGCAACGACAUAGUGGUAUAGAUAACAGUGCACCACUUCGUUUUCCUCAUCUUCAUCAAAGUUUUCUAAAGCAAUUAAAUGAAAAACGUCAAGAAAUUGAUAAAGAAAAUGAAACAAAAUCAAAAAAAUUAGUUAAUAUUAUGAUAACAAAAACUAAACAUCCACCACCACCAAAUCAACCAAAAAGUCAAAUUCAUCGUAAUCAAAAAAUACAUUUAUCACAAAAUAAUAUUGAAUAUCAUGAACGAAUUAUUAACGUUAAAAGUAGCUAUGAUGCACGUGAAUGGGAAAAAGAAUAUCAACGGCAUAAAGGAUAUUUAAGAAUAGGUAAAGAUAAUAAAGUAUUUACACCACUUGAAAUUGGUAUUAAUCGACGACGAACAACUAAGAUGAAUUCAUUAAUGAAUAGUAAGAGAACAACACCUUCAUCAUCAACAAUCAAUACAAUUAAAAAAUAUGACCAAAAUAAUCGAAUUUAA